ACAAUCUGGCAACCCUGAGCGGCUACAGCGCGCGCGUGCGCUGCAUGAACGUGCGCGUCUCGGUCCUCUGUCCAAAAGAGGAACGGCUGUUACACCGAAAAGAAUAAAUGUAAUUUCUUGCACGGUUCAGGAACAACAGAGGGGGAAAUAACCGAGUGCCGGUUUGUGGACAUGCAGCUCGCAGAGCGCUGCGGUGACAUGGAUGCGAAAGCGCACGCGCCUGGGCCCGGUGCCGUUACCGAGAGCGGACACAAGCGCAAGUCCCGCAGCAGGAGGGGCAAGAGGAGGAGGGGGAAGAGACGGAGGGGCAAAAAAGCCAACGAGCCGCCGCCGUUUCUGCCCCCGGAGGCCGAGGAGGGAAAUAUCGAGUACAAGCUGAAGCUGGUGAACCCAACGCAGUACCGAUUUGAGCACUUGGCCACGCAGCUGAAGUGGCGGCUGCAGGAGGGCCGAGGAGAGGCCGUCUACCAGAUCGGUGUUGAGGACAACGGCCUGCUGGUGGGACUAACUGAUAACGACAUGAAGGCCUCCAUAAACACCCUGCGCAGAAUGGCUCAGAAUAUGUGUGUGUGUGUGAUUGCAUGCAGGGUCGGUGCGGAUAUCACACUCUUGAGAGAGCGGGAAGUAGAUUACGAGUCGGACAAACCCCGGAGAAUCGCUGAGGUUCUUGUGAGGAAAGUUCCAGAUAACCAGCAGUUUCUGGACCUGCGUGUAGCGGUGCUGGGGAACGUCGACUCUGGGAAAUCCACUCUACUUGGCGUCCUGACGCAGGGCGAGCUGGAUAACGGACGAGGCCGAGCUCGCCUCAACCUGUUCCGUCACCUGCAUGAAAUCCAGACGGGUCGCACGUCCAGCAUCAGCUUUGAGAUCCUCGGUUUUAACAGCAAAGGGGAGUCAGAGGUUGAUUGCCAGGUGGUGAAUUACAGCGAGUCGCGCACAGCAGAGGAAAUCUGCGAGAACUCGUCUAAGAUGAUCACCUUCAUCGAUCUGGCCGGCCACCACAAGUACCUGAAGACCACCAUCUUCGGCCUGACCAGCUACUGCCCGGAUUUCGCCAUGCUGGUGGUGGGUGCGAACACGGGCAUCGCGGGCACCACGCGGGAGCACCUGGGUCUGGCUCUGGCUCUCAAGGUGCCCGUGUUUGUGGUGGUCAGUAAGGUUGACGUGUGUGUUGGCGGCGCUGUACAGAAGACCGUGCGGCAGUUAGAGAGGUUGCUCAAGCUUCCCGGCUGCAACAAGGUUCCCAUGCUGAUCUCUAACCGUGAUGACGCCGUCACCGCGGCCCAGCGCUUCGCCCAAUCCUCCAGCAUCACACCAAUUUUUACACUGUCAAGCGUUUCUGGGGAGAACCUGGACCUGCUGAAGGUUUUCUUCAACAUCCUGCCCCCCCUCAGCAACAGCAAAGAGCAGGAAGAACUCAUGCAGCAGCUCACCGAGUUCCAGGUUGAUGAGAUCUACAGUGUGCCUGAUGUAGGAACUGUUGUUGGAGGAACUCUCUACAGUGGUGUGUGUCGUGAGGGAGACCGCUUGGUCGUAGGGCCUACAGAUGAUGGGAAGUUUUUGCGGUUGAAGGUGUGCAGCAUGCAGAGGAACCGCUCGACCUGCAGGGUUCUUCGAGCCGGACAGGCGGCUACGUUGGCGCUCGGCAACUUCGACCGCUCGCUACUACGCAAGGGCAUGGUGAUGGUAAGUCCUAAGAUGAAUCCCACCAUUUGCUGGCAGUUCGAGGCGGCCAUCGUGCUUCUGUUCCAUGCCAAGACAUUCCGCAGUGGCUUCCAGGUCACAGUCCAUGUCGGAAACAUCCGUCAGACUGCCACAGUAGAGUGUUUACUCGGCAAGGAGGAGCUGCGCACCGGCGAGAGGGCUGUUGUGUGCUUCCGCUUCCUGAAACACCCCGAGUAUCUGCGUAUCGGAGCAAAGCUGCUGUUCAGAGAGGGCGUGACUAAAGGCAUCGGUCAUGUGACCCACCUGGUGCCGUCUGGUCCGAACAGCGCACAUGACCAGAACCACAAACCACAGCAGAACCACAACUAGAGAGAGAGCGCGCGAGAGAGAGAGAGAGGCGUGUCGAUAUAAACGUUUAUAUAGCACCUGUUUAAACAGCGUCCACUCUAAUGUCAGCCAAUAGGAGACAGUCAGGGCGGAGUUUCCUGUCCAGGAGAUUCAAAACCUGUCCUUAGCUACAAACACACUUACAGCAAACCAAACAUUUGUGAUCGGCUCUUUGUGAGUUUCUUAUAUCGACACACCUCUAAUGCCGCUGUUGUGAAAUUCGUGUCAUACGUUUGAAAUGUAACCAUGACGAUCAGCUUACAAUGCAGCUUUAGGCUGUAGGCAUACUGUACAUUUACUCUUCGUUCCUGCCUUUGCUGUUGUGCAGCUAAACUAAAAUAUACAACGACGUCGGUUUAUACAGGAUUUAUUUAUAGAGACGUAACCAUAGCAACAAUCUUUUAGGCAUGGACUAGAAAGAUAGCUCAGUAAAAUUUAUGUUUUUUUUUAUUUACACGAAGGUUGAAGGAUCCCCGUCAUCGGUUAGAUCUCCAUGACAGCAGUUAUCUGGCCUGUAGAAUGAAAUAGGGUGUGCGGUUUGGGACACGUCCACGGUGGCCUAAUUCUUCAAUACGGUGUUUAUGGUGUUAACAUGCCCUAAAUAGUGAAUGGAGCAGGACACGUCCACUAUGGCCUAAUUAGUGUAUGCAGCUUAGGACAUGCCCACAGUGGUCUAAUUCUCCACUACGAUGUUUUUAUGCCCUAUAUAGUGAAUUAGGGCACAUAGAUUUGGGCAAUGUAGAAUGAUGAGUGUGAGGUCUUCAUAACAGUACAUACUCGGUCUAUAUACCGAUCAAUUGGUGUGUGUUGGGGACAUGACCUGUGUGGCCUGAUUCUCUGUUUAUUUGCCUUAUGUAGUGAGUUAGUGUGUGUGGUUUGGGACAUGACCACAAUAGAACGAUAAUAUUUAUCAGACAUUGGACAGUCAUGAUGA